UGUCUCAAAACGGGCCCAAUAAAAACCUGAGGCGAGAGGCGCAACGUCCAAGCGUGCGGCGGCGGCGGCGGCGAGAGAAGAGUGGGAGGUCCGAGAGUAGCCGGCGUUCUGCAGCUUGUGAUGAGGACGGGGGAGGGCGAUCCGGAACCUCUCAAGCUCCCUUCCGGUCCUGUUCUCUCCGCGGAACCACGGGUAUUGAAGCGAAAGCAUGAAGCGGACCGUCACAGGCACACGGCCGUCGAGACCAAGCGGCGGCGAACUAGAGGACGCGGGGAAGAUGGGAUUCGACGAUGGGUCUUCUCACCACGAGAUUUAUCGUCUUCAAUGCAGAGGUUUGUAAUUGUUUCAUACAACCUUUUGGGUGUUGAAAAUGCUUCGAAGCAUUUGGAUUUAUAUCAUUCAGUUCCCUCUCACUGUCUUAAUUGGGAUAGACGGAAAAGGCAAAUACAUAAGGAACUGACUCUAUAUAAUCCAAACAUAUUAUGCUUCCAGGAGGUUGAUAAAUUUGAUGAGUUGGCCAGUAUUUUUCAGACAGAUGGCUAUGCUGGUAUUUAUAAGCAACGGACCGGGGAAGCAAAUGAUGGUUGUGCUAUUUUCUGGAAGGAGAAAGAGUUUACUCUCUUGUAUCAAGAAGACAUAGAAUUUCAAAAGUUUGGCCUUCGGAACAAUGUUGCACAACUUUGCCUAUUGAAGGUUUCUAACAACCAUUCAAAUCAUCCGGUGGAUAAAAAUACGAGUUCUGGAACAGAAUGCAAAUUUGCUACGCCAGUGUCUUCUCGGACUUUAGUUGUUGGCAACAUACAUGUCCUCUUCAAUCCAAAUCGCGGAGAUAUCAAGUUGGGGCAGAUGCGAGUGUUACUAGAGAGAGCAAAUGCAUUGUCAAAAAAAUACGGCAAUGCUCCUGUUGUAAUAUCUGGCGAUUUAAACAGUACACCAAAGAGUGCAAUUUGCCAGUUCUUAUCUUCAACAGAGGUGCUAGACAUUCUGCAGUAUGAUCGCAAGAAAAUGUCUGGGCAAGUUGAAUUUUCAACUAGACAUGUGUCUUUUGCUGUACAGAAUGAUCGACUAAGGAUGUGGAGGUGCAUGACAAGUCAGAUGAAGUACAGUUGGAGUGAAGAAGAAAUAUGCCUUGCAUCUGGAAGAAGAGGAUGCACCCAUCUGCGAAACCCUCUUAUUCUUUCAAGUGCAUAUCAAGGGGUUCCGGGUGGUUGCAAAACAAGAGAUGAAAAUGGUGAACCUUUGGCGACUUCUUAUCACUCCAAGUUCAUGGGAACAGUUGACUACAUCUGGCACUCUUCGUCCCUUGUUCCUGUUGGAGUCGUUGACACCUUGCCAAUCAAAAUUUUAGAAAGAUUAGGAGGUCUUCCAAAUAAGCAAUGGGGUAGCGAUCAUCUUUCCUUGGUGUGUGAAUUUGCCUUUGUCGAUUAGGCCGAUUCUGAUUGUAUUAUGCAUGACUGACUGGCAUUACCAUUUCUUGUAUGUUUUAAAUAACUGGAUGAUUCGAGAAGACGGUGUCGAUGAAACUUGUUUUUCGGUUUCCUCCUCGCUGCACAAGACGGUGUCAAUGAAACUUGUUUUUCGGUUUCCGACGCUUUGCAGGGUCUCUUGUUUAUGUAUUAACACUGCCUAGCUAUUCUGAACAUUUUAUUGUUAGUCUUGGGUAAGUUGAGAACGAUAUCAAUUUAAUAGAAAUGUUAGACAGCCCCUCGAAGGCUGAAAGCUUGUAAUCUUAUUUUUAAACCUGUGAAUGUCUCUGUUCCAGUGAUCAAAAAUUUGUAACCUUCUUAAGUUUGAUCAAUUUAUCUGGGAAACAUUAAGUUACGGAUGAAGAAUUUUAUUGAAGUUCA